UGGCGUUGACUGCAGCAUGGCUUCCUCCAAUCCUACGCUUCGACAUCAGGUCAUUCGUAUUUACAAAGACCUAUUGUACAUGGGACGUGAAUACCCCCAGGGAUACGACUACUUCAGAGCCCGUCUGCGCAAGGCAUUCGCCAGCCAGCGAGAGGUGACGGACGAAGCGCAGAUUAGGAAAGGGCUUCAGAGGGCCGAGUUUGUGAAGAAAGGAAUAGAAGCACUUUACUACCUGAAGCGUUAUCGAACCCUGCGCCAACGAUACGACAACCUCUCCUAGAUGCUCAUGUCUUUGGAACUCGCCAAUAGUGGCCGUGAACAGGCCGGGAUAUCAUAAAAACAUCGGUACGCCGCCAGCUACGAGAGUGACAGGUUCAAAUCUUUGUAGCCCACCAACAGCCCACUUCAAAAACCGCUCCACUUGACGCUCCCUUCUGUUCCAGCAGAUUCGCCAUCAUCCAUCCCCACC